GAAGGAAAGUGACGCCUCACCUGAUUGGCUGGGGGAAGUCAUUGCCGCUGAUUUUCAAGGGACGGAGGAAGCGCAGGGCUAUCCAUCAGGGCUUCUCGGUUUUAUUCACCCCUUCAGCUUGUGUGUGGGAGCUGCUGAGACCAUUAUUAGGGACGGGACCAAGUGUUUGAGCGCCAGCCUUGAAGGCUAUUUCUGAAGCUCUGCCUUGAGUUGUGCGCGCCCUCGACAGAGAAAGUGGGGUGGGGGGAAGUUAGUUCAGCGCCUGGAACACGCGUACCUUUACAGGGGGGCACUGAGGUGUGAAGGGGAGGAAGAAAAACGGGGCACGGAGAAGCACAGCGCCCAUAGCAACAACAGCCUCUUCUCAAGACCGGUCAGACCAGUCCCCGUUCAGUUUAUGCCUCCCCUCCUUGUUCCUACAGCCGACACUCUCCCAUCCCUCCAGUGGCCCUCAAACGUCUUUGCAGACUUGGCCUCCCUCCCCUCGUUACCUGCCAGCGCACCUCCAGAGACACACCCUCUUCCUAGCGCGGCUCAGCCACUGGCCGCCUUUCUUUCCCUUUCUCGGUGCCACUGCAGCCGCUCCUGCUGCCCCUCCCCUGGCCCAAGUCCAUGGCACAUCCGCAGCAGCAGCAGCAGCAGGAAGACACCUGCUCGAACUGUGAACUGGACUCAGGGGACUGUGGAGACAUGAGUCUUAGGAAAGUGGCUCUCAUCACUGGCAUCACUGGCCAGGAUGGUUCAUACUUGGCAGAGUUCCUACUGGAAAAGGGCUAUGAGGUACAUGGAAUUGUCCGUCGAUCUAGCUCUUUUAAUACUGGACGGAUUGAACAUCUCUACAAGAACCCACAAGCUCACGUAGAAGGAAAUAUGAAGCUGCAUUAUGGAGAUCUCACAGAUAGUACUUGCCUGGUAAAGAUAAUUAAUCAAGUCAAGCCUACCGAAAUUUACAACCUUGGAGCCCAAAGCCAUGUCAAAAUAUCUUUUGAUUUAGCAGAAUAUACUGCUGAUGUAGAUGGAAUUGGCACUUUACGACUCCUAGAUGCUAUCAAGACCUGUGGUCUUAUAAACUCUGUGAAGUUCUACCAAGCCUCAACUAGUGAACUUUUUGGGAAAGUGCAAGAAAUACCACAAAAGGAGACGACCCCUUUUUAUCCCAGAUCACCAUAUGGGGCAGCCAAACUAUAUGCUUAUUGGAUUGUAGUGAACUUCAGGGAGGCCUACAAUCUCUUCGCUGUGAAUGGUAUUCUCUUCAACCAUGAGAGUCCCAGGAGAGGGGCAAACUUUGUAACUCGAAAAAUUAGCCGUUCAGUCGCUAAGAUCCACCUGGGGCAACUGGAAUGUUUCAGCUUGGGAAAUUUGGAUGCCAAGAGAGACUGGGGUCAUGCCAAGGACUAUGUAGAGGCUAUGUGGCUGAUGUUGCAAGUAGAUGAACCUGAAGACUUUGUGAUAGCUACAGGAGAGGUUCACAGUGUCCGUGAAUUUGUGGAGAAGGCAUUUGAGCAUAUUGGGAAAACCAUUGUGUGGGAAGGCAAGAAUGAAAAAGAAAUAGGCCGAUGCAAAGAAACUGGGAAGAUCCAUGUGACAGUUAAUCUCAAAUACUACAGGCCAACUGAAGUGGAUUUUCUUCAAGGUGAUUGCACUAAAGCAAAGCAGAAACUCACCUGGAAACCCAGAGUCACUUUUGAGGAGCUGGUGAAGGAAAUGGUGAACUCAGACGUGGAACUUAUGAGGAAUAACCCCAAUGCAUGAACCGUCUCCUUUUACAGAGCAGUCAUGACUGAGGCCCCCGCCCCAGGCGAGGCCAGAUUCUGAAUUUCGACAAUGUCAUUGGCAAGGGUGGGGAUAACAAUCACUUCAAUAGGUAUUAGAUUAUUUGCAGCCAUUUCAUUUUCCUGUGUUCAAUGGAUCAAUUUUUCUUUCCAAAUCUAAAGCAUUCAUUAGACUUUAAACUCCUUGUAAAAGGUAGAGUGGAAUGAUGGUGCUUUUUCUUCUGAUCAAAAAAGUUUUUAAAAAAUCUGAAUUAUGUAAGGUUGGGUUGGAUGCUAACUUGCCAUCCCAGUCCAUUUUCUUCUGAUAUUAAAAAUAACCUUUCC